ACCAGCUGACGGAUGUAAUUCAGCGAGAGUCACAAACGUGCAGUCGCUAUUCACGCAUUCACGUUGAGUUGCAUUUUCAUUGUUGUUUAUUGGAUCAGAUAUUUCAUCGACUGGCAGGUGUUCUUUGGUCAGAAUAAAAUAUUACUUGGCUAUGUUAAAAAUCGAACGACACUACAGUCUCUUUCAAGUGACGUGAAGCGACUCAAAGAGCCGACUCUCUGCAUUAAACGUUUUACUUGAUUUGGAUAAAGGCAGAAUUUUACAAGGGAUUCUGCAGUUGAUUCAACAUGAAUGAAAAUGGCGAAGCUGAAAGUCGAUCGAGAACACCUUCUCCUUUGUCGAGAUCAAGCUCUAGAAGUUCAAUAGGUCAGUCUCCAGCGCGCACAUCGCUUCUGAAAAGAAACCAAAGUUUGAGUGCUAAACAAAUACGUUUUUAUCGAAAUGGGGACAAAUAUUUCGUCGGAUUGAAACUUGCUGUGUCCAGUGAACGCUACAAAGAAUUCUUCGCCCUACUUGUCGAGCUUUCGAACAAGCUAGAACUCAAGACCGGAGCGGUUCGUUUUGUGUUUGAUGCAGACACUGGUCGACUAAUAACUGAUGUUGGCCAGUUGAAUCCGAAUUCGUCGUACGUCUGCUCAUCAUCAAACAAUUUUAAAGAAAUCGAAGGAGGCUAUGGUCAGUCUCAAUCAAAAAAUUGGAGCACUGGGAGCUCAAGAGAUCGCCAUGAGCUGACAAACUGGCCAAAAUCAAAUCUUCCUCGGAUGGACAACAAACGGGAUUUUAUAAAGCCAAAACUUGUGACUGUGGUCAAGAAUGGAAAACCGCCACAAAAGAAAGUCACAAUGCUUUUGAAUAAGAAGACAGCUCUUGAUUUGAAUCAAGUUCUGGACCAUUUGUCUUCAAAAGGAACCCUUGGUAAAGUGGAUCGGUUGUGUUCUUUGAGCGGGCGUGAGAUCAAAGAAUUGCGCGAUCUGUUCGAAGAAGAUAUGAUUUUUAUUGCAUUUUCAUCAAAUGAAAGAUUUCCUGAAGAAGGAUUUGACGUGGACGUACAAAGUCCCAAACAGUCUUGGAACAACUCAAUAAGACCUUCCCGCCCUGCCUACAUACCAUCGUUAGAAAGUUAUAUGGGUUAUUCCUGGAAGGAUCUUCCAAGGGCAAGAUGUUUAGCAUGUGCACUUAAAGCUCUAAACGCCUCAAACACUCCACCGCCACAUGUACACCAGAGACGUCGCCCCAAGUCCGCUCCACCUAAACUAUCGUAUCCAGCAGCAAGAUCCAGUAGAAGGUCUGACUCUAGACCAAGUACAGCUUCAUCAUUACGUUCUAGUUUGCCCCUAAAAACGCCAAAAUCUCCUAAAAUUAGUCCGACCAGCGUCACAGAUGGUUCAAAAUCAACCGUUAAGUCAAGCACGAAGAAGACACCACGCUUCCGAUCUUCAUAUCCAAAAUCAUCCAGUCCAAAGUCAGCUGCUUCUGUAAAGAAAUCUUUGUCAUUUUCUCCUGAUACUAAAGAUGAAGAGGUGGAUUAUACACCUAAACCAAAAGGAAUUCGAGGUGGUGGUCGUAGAAGAAAGGCACAACUGGCGUUGUUAAAUGAAGAGGAAGGCAUAAGCACAAAUGAUCCACGACAUGCUUACUAUGUAUUGAUACACGAUGAAUUGAAAUCAAAUAAUAAACCUACAGCCUCUGUUAAACCUAUCAUGUUCUCUGAAAAUGACAGUGAAACUGGAAAAAGUAAUACUGCUGAACCAAGUCACGAUAAUAUCUCUACAAAUAAUAGUUUAGUUAUUCACAAGGAGGAAGUUCACACUUCUAAAUCAUCGCAGCUGGUGGAAGAUGAUGAAAAACUUAGUUGUUCCAUCAAUGACACUGACCAGUCUGAUCUUAUUGUUGAGGUAAAUGGUGAGCACCACAAUCUCCAAGGGACAAUUGACAAAAGCACUGAACUUGUGGAGGGUAAUAUAUCUCGUGAUAAUGCCCCAGUUUCUAGCCAAAUACCUGAUGAAAAACCUGCGAAUAACAAUCCUAGCGCAGCUUUAAAUGAUGAAAAACCCUCGGAGCGUGAUUGGUCAAAACCUAAACCUAUUCGUGGACGACGAAAAAAACCGAAGCCUGACAUGAAUGGAAAUGAAGCAAGGAAGGAAGAAGAGAAAGUAGUAUGUUCCCUUGAACAAAAUGUUCCAAAUAAAGAACAAGUGCUUCCACAACAGUCAGUUUUAUUAACUAAUAGUUACAAGAUAACUCCUUAUCGUGAUCUAAAAAGAUUUUCUGCUGGCGUCAAACGGACAUCCUCCCUUCGUACACCAAGAACAAGAAGAAAUACGCAUGAGUCAAACAACAGCAGUGGUGGUACUCGUGGACGCAGUGUUAGUCCAUCAUCGAGGACUAAUGGACAAGUGAACAGCACUCCAAGAUCAAAGUUAAAUGUAUCUAAAAGGGCUGUUAAUGGAGGACAUCAUGGUAGUGGAGAGAGUUAUAUCCUGCUGCCGUGUUCCAGCGCGAGAAUUCUGAUUCUGACCAAAUCUCUGCUUUUACUGAUGGAUUGGAAGAUUGCUAUUGAAUACAUGCAGACCAGAAAGCAAAUCUCCGCAACAUUCCUUGCUAUAUAUAUGUAUUCUAAUUAUAGAAACAUUCAAAACAGUAGAAAAGAUCGCUUAUCAAUUCAUGGUUUCUACAAGAUUGGUAAAAUAAUUGGUGAUGGCAAUUUCUCAGUAGUUCGAGAGUGUAGAAAUAGACGAAGUGGGCAAAAAUACGCUCUAAAGAUUGUCAACAAAGCAAGAGUUAAAGGAAAGGAGUACUUUGUCGAAAAAGAAUCCGCAAUUCUUCGUCAAAUUUCCCACCCAAAUAUUGUGCAAUUAAUCGAGGAGUACGAAUCAUCAAAAGAAAUUUUUCUUGUUCUCGAAUUAGUCCAGGGUGGUGAUCUAUUUGAUGCAAUAGUUCAAGCCAAAAAAUACACAGAACGUGAUGCUAGUCACAUGAUUGGAGAUCUCACAUCUGCCUUAAGUUACUUACACGAUCUAUGUAUAAUUCAUCGAGAUAUUAAACCUGAAAAUUUAUUGGUGGUGAAUACUGCCUGUGGCCUGUUGUCCCUCAAGUUAGCUGAUUUUGGCUUAGCAACUGAAGUUCACGAGCCGCAAUUUCUUGUAUGCGGAACGCCCACUUACGUUGCUCCGGAGAUACUUGAUGAAUCUGGUUAUGAGUUCAAGGCAGAUGUAUGGGCAGCUGGAGUGAUCACUUACAUAUUACUAUGUGGAUUUCCACCCUUUAGGAGCAACGAUCAAGAAGAACUCUUUGAUAUGAUUUUGAGUGGAGAUUAUGAAUUUCUUUCCCCAUUUUGGGAUGAAAUUUCACUAUCAGCCAAGGAUCUAAUACGUCGAAUGUUGCUUGUGAAUCCAAACGAAAGGUAUUCUGCCAGUGAAUCAUCUCAGCAUCCUUGGAUUCAGGGUAAUACAGCAAAAGACACAAAUUUAAAAAGCAAACUUUCAUGUGAAAUUAACAAGAAUUUCCAAUCAAAAAAGAAGUCUCAAACAGUAAGCAUUAGACAGUUAUCUAAAGUAAACUUAUGUAACCUGCACUUAGUCCUGGGUACCUUGGGAAAAUGUCAUUAUAUGAUACCUGAAUUUAUAAGUUGGAAGUAUCAUCAUUAAAACUCAUGCACAUUUUUGUGAA